CGCGCGCAGCCGCUGCGUGGUGGGGGAAGGACUUUCUUUCCCAUGAUCCUCCGCGCGCGCAGCCAUGGCGGACGGGAGACUACAUCUCCCGUGGUGCCCCGCGCGAUGGGCAGCAUGGAGACUGGUGUGGCUGCGCUGGAGAGGCGGGUCCGCGGUUGCCUGUGCGACUUCGGCUUCGAGCUUUCUCCCUUCAAGGUUGGGUGGUACAAUGCUGUUCUUCAGCCGUCCUUUCACCUCCAGUACUCCGAGGGCGCACUGGCAUUCGUUGUCCUCAGCACCCCCUCGAUGUUUGACAAAGCCUUUAAACCCUUCGUGAACAAACAGCUGCUGAAAAAAAUCAAUGACCCAGUGGAUCAAUGCGUUUCUUAUCAUCUGUCACUUGUGAAGGAGAGUCUCCCUGACCAGAGGGUGGACAUCAUCUAUGAUUAUGAGAUCCUGCCAAACCGGAAGCCCAAGUUUCUGGCCCAGACAGCUGCCCAUGUGGCUGGAGCAGCAUAUUACUACCAAAGGAAGGAUGUGAGGUGUGAUCCCUGGGGAGAAAAGAAGAUCUAUGGUGUUUGUAUCCAUCCCCGGUAUGGAGGCUGGUUUGCUAUCCGAGGUCUCCUCAUAUUCCCAGAUGUUCAGGUGCCAUUCCUGGAGCAGGUUGCUCCUGUUGAUUGUGUGGCCUCGGAGGAGAAGCGAAUAGAGCUGCUGGAGAAAUUCAAUUUCCACUGGCGGGACUGGAGCUAUAGGGACAUCAUUAAAGUGAAGGAACGGUACUCGGAGGAGCAGAAAGCCUACUUUGGAGCUCCUCCAGCAGAGAGAUUCAAACUGCUAGAGCUGCAAGGAGUUCUCCAGAGAAGAAUACAACUGACUUGGAAUAUAAUAAUGGCUCAUAUUAAAGGAACCACAUUAGUAUGCAGACCACCCUCCCAGAAUAAUAUAGAAUGGAACUAGAUACCACUUUGUGAUCAAACUUUGGUUUAUUGUUUAAGUUGUUACCCGUUUGCCCAUGUUGAACUCUUUGUGUUGAAAUUAAUUCAAUAAAUAGUAAUGCUGCUAUA